UUCUCUUUUCACAAAUCUAGACGCCUUACGUAUCUUUCAUUCCUCAAUUUAUUAUUUUGAGAAAGUCAACAUUACAGGACAUUGACUUCGACUUUAAAGUGUAAAUACAGCUUCCUAGUAAUCACAAGUCUAAGAAAUAGUGAAAAUUUAUCAUUCAUUUUAAUUGGACCAGGUCGGAGAAUUUCCAACUACCUAUUAAUUACAGAGCACCCCACCAUGUUCUUGAGGGAUGGAAAAGUCUAUAGGUUAUUUGUUGUUUAGUGAUUGGGGAGAUAAGGUAGUACUUGACUUGGUCUCUCCUUAUUGUCUUUGUGAAUGAUUGAAGGAAGGCAUUCAUAUUCUUUAAUUAUUUUUCAUUUCCUUCUCAUGUUGUUCUAUCUGCCAUUAUUGAAAACCUUCAUCAUAAAAAACAUUGAUUGGAAGAUGAGUUUUGAUAAUUUCACAAGCUUUAUAGGCGAAAAUACUCGUAAUACGUUUAUGGGGCAUUUGUACAAGGAAUUCUGAAAAUAGUGUUUAGUUUUUAUAAGUUCUCUCUAUUGUUUUUAAGUUUUUGGUGGUGUAGUAUGAGACAAGGUGUGUUGAUAUAUAUAUAACCAAAUAUACCUAUAAGUUUAUUAUUUUCCCUCUGAGUACUUAUCAUUUCUUUUCAAUGGAAAGUGAUGAGGGCACUGAGGGCGCAUCAACCUAAUUGAGAUGUCUAGGUGCGCCUCUUGAUCCUAAAUUUCUUUAUUUUCUAUUCGUUGUAUACCCCUCCCCAUGCUUUGAGCAGCAGUCUCGUUAUUAUUAAUAAAGAGGACUGCGACAAUAAACACUCGAGAAAGAGCCAAGGAAGAGAGGAAGAGAAGUGGUUAUCGUCACUGCCAUCUUUAGAGCAAGCCACCGUGGGAGUGUUGCUGUUGCUGUAAUUGUGCCAUCUCUGCUGUGGACCUUACAAAAUGCAGAGUUCAUCAUCGUCUUCUUUGGAUCGUCCUAAGAUGAACUACGACGUGUUCAUAAGCUUUAGAGGUAGAGAUGUUCGUCACACUUUUGCAGGAUAUUUGUAUGAUGCUUUGAAUCGUUUGGGGAUAAAAGCUUUCCUGGACAACAAGAGGUUUUUAAUUGGAGAUGAUCUUCAUGACUUAUUCAAAAUAAUCGAUGAAUCAAGGUCAGCAAUUGUUGUUCUUUCAGAAGACUAUGCUUCUGCUAAAUGGUGUUUGAGAGAGUUGACUAAGAUAAUGGAUUCCAUGGGAACCUCGAUGGAGCGUGUUCUUCCUGUAUUUUAUCAUAUUGAUCCAUCAAUUGUUAAAGAUCAAUCUGGAACUUUUAAGACAAGUUUUGAUGAACAUGAAGCCAAUGCUUUAAAGGAAAUUGAUAAUCAAGAGAAGGAAAAGCGCUUGAAGGAACUCCAGAAUUGGAAAAAUGCACUGAAGAAAAUUGGCAAUCACACUGGAGUUGUCAUCACUAAGAACAGUUCUGAGGUAGAUAUAGUAAAUAAAAUUGCAAGUCAAAUAUUCGAUGCAUGGCGUUCUAAGUUGGAAGCAUUGAAUAAGAAUUUAGUUGGAAUGACAUCCCGAUUGCUCCAUAUGAAUAUGCAUCUUGGUUUAGGAUUAGACGAUGUACGCUUUGUUGCGAUAGUAGGAAUGGGUGGUAUUGGUAAAACAACUAUUGCUCAAGUUGUUUUUGAUUGCAUUCUUUCAAAGUUUGACGAUUGCUGCUUUCUAACGUUACCUGGAGGUGAUUCAAAGCAAAGUUUAGUGUCAUUACAACGGGAAAUGCUUUCUCAAAUUUUUCAUAAAGAAGAUUUUAGAAUAUGGCAUGAGAAUCAUGGAGUAGAGAUGAUUAAAAAUCGACUGAGUGGUAGAAAGGUUCUUAUUGUUCUUGAUGGUGUCGAAGAGAGAAGGCAGUUAGAAAUGUUGGCUGGAAGCACUGAGUGGUUUGGUCCUGGAAGCAGAAUCAUCAUUACAACUAGAAAUAAAGGAUUAUUGUGCCAUCCUAAUUAUGAUGAAAUGAAAGAAUACAAUGUUGAGGAACUAGAUCAUGAUAGUGCCCUUCAACUCUUUUUGAAGCAUGCAUUUGGUAGUAAUCAUCAAAACAAGGACAGUUUCAUGGAUCUUAGUAACGAGAUAGUUGAGAAAGCUAAAAGACUUCCAUUAGCUUUAAGAGUGAUUGGAUCUUCUUUGUAUGGUAAAGAGAUUACAAUAUGGAGAGAAACGUUGAAAAGGCUGAUCAAAGUGGAUGAAAGAAAUUUUUUUGAUAUAUUGAAAAUAAGUUAUGAUGGAUUGGGAGUAGAAAGCCAACAAGUUUUUCUUGACAUUACAUGUUUCUUCAAUGGAAAAAAUGAAGAUAGAGUAAAUGAAAUAUUGGAGAGUUUUGGUUAUAGUCCUAAUAGUGAACUACAGUUAUUGAUGCAAAGAUGUUUAAUUGAAGUUUCACACAAGAAAAUAUUGGUGCAUGAUUUAAUUCUUGAAAUGGGUCGAGAAAUUGUGCGUAAGGAGUCCCUCACUCAACCAGAAAAACAGAGUAGGAUUUGGCUUCAUGAAGAUCUUUACUGCAGGUUUGCUGAAAAACAUGACUUAAUGCAUAUUCAAGGGAUAGUUUUAAGUUUGGAAAAAGAAAUGGAAGAAUCAAUAGAAUUGGAUGCCGAAUCCUUUUCAGAGAUGACCAAACUAAGAAUACUGGAAAUAAAUAAUGUGGAGCUCGAUGAAGACAUUGAAUAUCUCUCUCCACUUUUGCGGAUAAUUAAUUGGCUUGGCUAUCCUUCGAAGAGUUUGCCCCCAACGUUUCAAUCGCGGUAUUUGUUUGAACUACUCUUGCCUCAUAGUCACCUUUUACGAGUUUGGGAUGGAAAAAAGAGAUUUCCGAAGCUGAAAUUAAUUGAUGUUAGUAACUCAGAACACUUGAGGGUGACACCUGAUUUUUCUGGGGUUCCAAAUCUUGAGAGGUUGGUUCUAUGUAACUGUGUUAGAUUGUGUGAGAUUCAUCCCUCCAUCAAUUCCCUCAACAAACUCAUUUUACUGGAUUUAGAGGGUUGUGGUGAUCUUAAACAUUUUCCAGCAAAUAUAAGAUGUAAAAAUCUCCAAACACUCAAACUUUCUGGUACAGGUCUUGAAAUUUUUCCAGAGAUAGGACAUAUGGAACAUUUGACUCAUCUUCAUCUUGAUGGAUCCAAGAUAACCCAUCUUCAUCCUUCAAUUGGGUAUCUAACUGGCUUAGUUUUCUUGGACCUAUCCACCUGUUUAGGCCUUUCUAGUCUUCCUUUUGAAAUUGGUAACUUGAAGUCUUUGAAAACCCUCCUUUUGAAAUAUUGUAAAAGACUUGAUAAAAUCCCUCCAAGCUUAGUAAAUGCUGAAUCCUUGGAGACUCUUUCUAUUAGUGAAACCUCAAUAACCCAUGUUCCAUCAAGCAUUAUUCAUUGUUUAAAGAACCUAGAAACGUUAGAUUGUGAAGGACUAUCACGUGGAAUUUGGAAGUCAUUGCUCCCCCAAUUGAACAUUAAUCAAACAAUAACUACUGGUUUGGGUUGUCUUAAAGCUCUAAAUUUAAUGGGUUGUAAACUUAUGGAUGAGGACAUUCCUGAAGAUCUCCAUUGCUUUUCCUCAUUAGAAGCACUAGAUCUCAGCUAUAAUAACUUCACAACACUCCCUGAUAGUCUUAGCCACCUCAAGAAGUUAAAGACAUUGAACCUGAAUUAUUGCACUGAGCUCAAAGACUUACCAAAGCUUCCAGAAAGUUUGCAAUAUGUAGGAGGAGUAGACUGCAGAUCAAUGUCAGAACAAUAUUAUAACAAAAUUUUGCUUAUCCCUUCUAGUUCUGGACACCAACUUAACCUUACUUUUAUCAUUCCUUCCAAGGAUGCGGAUGUAGAAUGUGCCAUGAAUGAGUUCCAACAUUCGAUAUUUACUCGAAGAUCGUUUGAGCAAAGUAUUAUAGAAGAGCAACCAUCCACUAUCGUCCAUGACACUGUUGACAUGUUCCAGUGGUUUGGCCAGAUAAAUGAAGGGAAUUGGACAAACAUUCAGUAUGAGCAAGAAUUCUCAAUCAGUAAACCACUCAAUAUUAUGUAUGAAGAUGUUGAUCUAAGCAAUGUUUGUGGAGUUUUCCUUUCAACAAACAUUGAAUUUCCACAAAAUUUAAAUCAUCUUGCAAUUGGAAGAUUCUUAGUUAGCUUUGGAAUUGAUGGGAAAUGUUCUGGUGGAACAAUGAAUUAUGAGAUGUCCCAAUUUAAAGCUGCAAGAUUCUUUUGGGUAGCAUACAUACCAAUUUGGAUGAUUAAAGAUCAUAGUUUGAUGGUUCAAAGAUGUUGCUCUGUGAAGGUUACAAUUAGUUAUUGUUGUGAUCAUAUAGAUGCAAGCAAGGUCAAAAUUAAAGCAUGUGGUGUUUCUUCUAUGCUCUCCUGGCCAAAUGUAGCAGAGUAUUUGGCGAAAUUGUUCACUGAGCGUUUUUGCUCUAAACGCAAUUUCUACACCAUGAUUCGACAACAUAAUGAUCAUCAGACUGAAUGCAGGUGUGAUGAAUUUGAAGUUGGAAAGGAUGACUUUUCAUCCUCAACAUUUGAAUCUAACGAUUCAACAUUUUUGCUAAGGAAGAACCUCAGAGCAAUACUUGGGGUAAUGUUCGAGGAAAAAAAGCGUUACUACAUGAAAUACUUCUUCCCACAUACAAAAAUUUUUGGAUGGUUCAAAAAUCAGAACAAGAAGGACAAAGUAGCAGUGAAGAUUCCCGUAAAUAUAGAAAAAGACAGGAAGUGGAUGGGGUUGGCAAUGUUUGUUGUCUUCUCGAUUUCUGAGAAAGCUUCUUGUUAUUGCUUUGAGUAUGAAAUACAAACAAAGGAGAACAUUAUAUCCACCCAAAGGCACUCUAUCUCUACAGAUCAGGUUUUAGAGCAUUCAAAUCAAAUACUGUUUGUGGCGUUUGAACCGCGGUAUAAUUGGUAUCCUUAUGAUGAACUGAAGUCUUCUUCAUCCAACCAUGUUUACAUUAAUUUCAAUACUAACGGUGCAAGAAUGCGAGUCGAGUUUUGUGGAGCUCGUUUAGUUUACCAGCAAAAUGUUGAGGGACUUAUUCACACAAUUCUGAAUUGCAUAGCGGAGAGUGGAGAUGAGCUUUAUGAACAUUACAACCAAUACAUUGUGGAAUCUCAUUUAACAUUUAUUAAUACACAUUGGUAUACUCUCUCAUUCCGUCGAAAUAACUCUGUGAAGAAUCAACCAUCAACUGCUGCUUCAACUUGUACUGCUUCAAGCCUUUCAGUUGAGCACCUUUUAUAUGGAAGUUUCCCACACCCAUUCUUCCACAAGUCCUUACAGGAACGAUUUAGAAGUAAGUUUGAUCUGCUUCUACAUGGAGAUAAGAUCCCCAAAUUUUUCAGCAAUCAAAGCGGAGGAAACAUGACAGAAAUAAAGUUACCACAAUAUUUGGAAAAAUUUCGAGAGAGUGUAGGUCUUGCUGUGUGUGCUCUUGUGGUUGUGGACAAGAAAAGAAGAAAACUAAAUGAGAUUAUGCCAGAACGAGAGAGGUAUACAAAAGUUGUGGAUCUUAUAUGCAAAUUCAAAGUUGACUCGUAUCAAAUUAUGCCAGAGCACUGUCACUUCACAUCUCAACAAAAGCUCUUGAGUGAAUAUGCUUCACAAUUCCUUUGGCUCUCUUACAUUCCCCUUCAUGGAUUUAAUAUCAAUUGGCAUUAUUGCACCCAGUUUGAAGUUGCACUUGAAACUAGCUGUGAUGAGCUAUUUGGAGUGAAAAAUUGUGGUCUUCAUCUCAUACAUAAACAUGAAAGGAUGAUGAUUGAUAGGAUGAUAAUGGAGUCGACUGUUCCAUCAUCCACUAGCCACAAAGGAAAGGAGCCUCAAAUUCAAUGUUGACAUUGAACAAAAGAUGAACUGUAUGUACUUCAUCUUUCUAAAUGUGGUUUUGUGAGAUGCUAUUAUUUUUGAAAAAAUGUAAUACUUUUAAAUGUAUUUAUGUUUGAUAUUAUAUCAAAAUUUUCUUCUAUCUAUCAGCUUAAGCUUUUGGGUUGUAGCAGUGAUUUGAGAAUUCAGUAUAUAUAAUUUUCUUUUAAUAUAUAAAUUUUCCUUCAUUUUA